AGCGCCUCUGUUUGGCCCACGACACAGAGGCUGCACAGUCAUUGAGAGGUGAGUGUUACUGUCCGGGUGUGCUUGGUGUGGGGAGACGUGUAGGCGCCGAGUGUGCACCCUCGACGCGUUACAACAGGGAAGAGUUGAGUCCAGAUAUAGGGAGGAUUAUGACAGGCAGUUUAUGAGUCCAGGGACGGGGAACGUGCGGGCGAUCCCGGCAAACAGUUUCUCAGCGCGCGCUGUGAGAACAAUGGAGCGCGCGUGCGCUCCUGCACCCCGCCCCCUCCGGAGCCGCCGAGAGGAGAAAAGGCGCACAGGGCUUAAGAGUGACGGGCAUUUAGAGGCGCUCCGUCACAACAGGUAUUUCGCCCUUCAUUCCUGACAUUUUUGAGGAGUGUGACUAUGCACCCUCACAAGUGACUGACCAUCUGGACCCAGGCAGGUCACUGACAUCUGGAGCUUUCCAGUGGCACUCUCUACCAACUCACCUGGCGACUUCCUCCUCUCCUCUAACUCACUUGUUGUCUUCAGGUCAGGCGUUCAGUCCUUUGGCUGUUGUUUCUAAAAGCAGGGCCAGGGAAAACAACUGGUAGGAUCAGGAAUAAGAGGCGGUCUGAAAUACUCACCGAUACACCAGUGAAGCAAGCAUUGAUGGAAGAAGAACAGAGAAGAAGCCAAAUUGUAGGAAAGAUUAGGCCUAUCUCAGGAAAGAAUAAAGGCAAGCAAAAGAAUAAGGGUAGACAGCCCACCAAGAAUAUUUUGAAGAAUUCUGAGGCUUCAGACGAGGAAACCUUAUGUGUUGUCUGUAUGGAGCCAUUUGGAAACUCGAAACCAAAGGAAACAUGGGUAAAAUGUGCCCUAUGCAGUCUCUGGGCCCACCAAGUCUGCACUCCAGGGUUACAAACAUUCAUUUGUCACCAUCGUGGCUCUGAUUAAAAAUACACACACAUACACACACACACAGACAUUGUUUUUUGUUAGACCUACAUGUUCUUUGUACAGCUACAUUGUAGUUUUCAUUUGGCAUACAUACCAUUAAGGAAGUUUGUUAUAGACAAGUUUACGCACGCACGCACGCACGCACGCACACACUCCUGAGUCAAACAGAAAGUGGAUUUGAGUUAUGGUCAGUCACAAAGAUAGAGAGAGACAUUGUUCUGAAUCAUUCAUUAGUUUCAAUAAACCUCUUUUUGAAACACAUCACAUGGUGUGACCCCUGUUUAUCUUUUUUGUCUACUUGUUACAACUUACCCCAGCAUGUGUUACAACCUAUACCCCGGCAGUGGGGUAGGUUGUAACACAGGAUCACCAUGUAUUUGACAUCUCCUCAUCAGGUCUGUGAUAUUCUUGCAGAGGUUUGAAUUGGUGCCUUUUGUCGUAAACAAAUGUGGGUACUUUGUAUUAAAGUUAGAGAACUGUACCUCAAAAAUUCAGCGAGUUGAAGGUGCUGAAACAAAAAAUGUUACAACCAUACCCAGUCUCCCUAUGUUAUAAAAGACUAACUUUAAGGGCCUAAAGAGAUGAAAUUAAAAGUCACCAAAAACCUACUGAGCUUCAUACAAACUUUUUCUUUUCCUCUUUCAUUAAUCUUUUCACAGACUUGCACAUUUAUUUUGCGACAGGGUCUUUGUUGUCUAGGCCCCUAAUUGGUGCAACUUCCUGCCUAAGGAUAUUAACCAGAUAAAAUUAAAAUUUACAGAUUUGAACAAACCUUUAAAGUUGCAAACAUUGAUUUGAUGAGUCGUGUUGACAUAAUAAUACUGGUAAUUACAUUCACCCAAAAUGUUGUGUUGAUUGACUUAUAGCAAAAGUUCACAUUAUGGUAAAUUAAUUAAAUUGUCUUUUUCUUCUCACCUUGUGGUCAGGAUUUAAAAUCUUUAAAAACAAAAAACUCGUAUUUAUUCUAGUAAUUAUUAAAAAAUCGGUAAUUUAAAAUGCCACUGAGUGUAAAGACAAAUUUGCCCUUAUGAUUAUAGUUCAUUGGUUGAACAUAAUUUUGAUAUAAGUUGUCACAACUCAAAAGGACCAAUGUAAAUUGUUGCAUUAAUAUAUUUUGUUAAGCCUAAACAUUAUUUUUCAGAGUGGAGAUGCAGGUGACAGAGGAAAGGCUGAGCGGUGAUGAGGAAGGGUGCAGAGAACUCCACCAUUUGAUGUCUAAGAAUCAUUUAUCAGCUCUGCUUGCCCAGUAAUGUGAUCCUGUCCCUCAAAAUGGUCGCCAACUGUCCACUACUAUUUCCAAUAUUUGUUUCAUGGCCUCCAUUGCUUUGUACAGAUGUUGUGUGUUGGAAAAACAAAUACUUAUUCCCCCAUAUUUAUAAAAUAAAUAACAUUCAAUAAAGUGACACAUGCUAAGUUUAUAUAUUUUUUCAGUAGACCGUUUGGCUAACUAAGACUCAGUCACUCACUCGGUUUAAAAACACUUCUUACCAUUUAUAUACAGUCUACGCUUCUUACAAACGGCAUACGUUUCCCGCCUCUCCACAUCCUGCUUCCUUUAGCUGCUCUGGCCCUGGAGAAGAUUAGCUGCUGGAUUCAUCUCAGUCAGUCACGUUAAGAUGAGUUACCUGAAACAAAUUGAGGUUGAAAACUUUAAGUCAUGGCGGGGAAAGCAAGUUAUCGGUCCGUUCAUGCGGUUUAACUGCAUAAUUGGCACAAAUGGCUCCGGCAAGUCAAAUGUGAUGGAUGCCGUGAGCUUCGCUAUGGGGGAGCGGGCCGCCGCUCUCCGAGUGAAGCACCCCGAGGACCUGAUCCACGGAGCCCACAUCGGGCAGCCAGUGUCGGACACCGCCAGUGUGGCCAUACGGUUCUGCGACGACGAGGACCAAGAGACUGUCUUCAGUCGGACCAUCAGUGAGGCCUCCUCUGAGUAUCGGAUCAAUGGUGUACGUCUGACUUUGGCCGAAUACACGGAGGAGCUCCAAAAGAUUGGUAUAGUGACCAAAGCUCAAAACUGUCUGGUGUUCCAGGGGGCAGUGGAGUCCAUAGCUUUGAAGGACCCAAAGGAGAGGACCAAGAUGUUGGAGUGCAUCAGUCAAUCCAAGGAAUUCGCUACAGAAUACCACAAGAAGAAAGAGGCUCUGCUGAAGGCCACAGAGGAUACACAGUUUCACUUCAACAAGAAAAAGUCUGUCAUCGUUGAGAGGAACCUGGUCUCACAGGAAAAAUUUGAGGCCGAGAGAUAUCAGGAAUUGUUGGAUGAGCUUCAACAAAACCGUAUGCAGCUGACUCUGGCUGAGCUCUACCAUAAUGAAAAAGGCAUCACAGCUUCCAGUGACACCCUGAGGGACAGACAGCACGCAGCAGCUGCUAAGAAUGAGACACUGGUAAACUCAGAACAGACGGUCAAAACCCAAAAGAAGGAACAUGGUCGCCACAUGAGAGAGCAGCAGCACAUUGAGAAGGAGAUCCGAACACAGGAGCAUAUCCUAACCCAGUCUCGGUCCCAGUAUGUCAAAGCCAAAGUGAACACCUCUCAUCACAUGAAGAAGGCUGAGGAGGCCCGUUGCAGCCUAAAGAAGAGUCAGAAGCUGUUGACUAUUAAAGAGCAGGAGCUGGCAGAAGAUCGGCAGGAAAUUGUUGAACUUGAAAGAACCUGGAAGAAUUAUGAGAAGCAGGUCAGAGAACAGGAAGCUACCCAGAGGAGAGACAUUGAGCUGGAUGAGGAUCAGUUGGAGCGAUAUAAGGAGCUGAAGGAGCUGGCCCGAAAGCAGGGGGCUGUCCUCAGACAGCAGGAAGAAAAACUUCACUGGGAGGUGAGAGCGGACUGCGAAAAGAUGGCUUUCGACAAGCGCAGACAUAAGGAAGUAGAGGUUUCCAUCAGGAACAAUCAAACUCAACUGGAAGAUUUGACACACAGAGCAGAGAAGCUAGAGGAGUACACCAAGACCUGCAUGUCGUCCCUUGAGGACUACCGUCAGCGGGAGGAGAGGCUGAGUGCAGAGCUGCAGCAAGGUAGUCAACGUAGCGAGGAGGUGAACCAGGAGCUGAACCAGGUGAUGGAGGAGCUGGGUAACGCCCGUCUGGACAGGCAGGAGAGCAAACGGCAGCUGCAGCGCAAGGAGGUGCUCGAGAAGCUUCGCAGGCUCUACCCCAAGACUGUGUAUGGCCGACUGUCUGGCCUGUGCAACCCUAUCCAUAAGAUGUACCUGCUGGCUGUCACUAAGGUGUUUGGCCGCUACAUGAAUGCAAUCGUGGUGGCAUCAGAGAAAGUAGCCCUUGACUGCAUCACUUUCAUCAAGGAGGAGAGAGCUGAACCUGAGACAUUCUUGCCUAUUGACUACUUGGUGGUGAAUCCUUUGAAUGAGCGACUGAGGGAGAUGCCUGGUGCCAAGAUGGUUGUGGAUGUUGUACAAGUUCAUCCUGGCAUAGCUGCCGCCCAGCUGAGGAGAGUGGUGCAGUUUGUCUGUGGCAAUGCCCUGGUGUGUGAAACCAUUAAAGAAGCCAGGAGUAUGGCUUUUGACAGACAUGAACGCUUCAAGACAGUUUCUCUGGAUGGAACAUUGUUUGCAAAAUCAGGUACAAUCUCUGGAGGAUCCAGUGACCUGCGCAGCAAAGCUCGCUGCUGGGAUGAGAAGGACAUGAUGCAUCUGAAGGAACGCAAGGACCAGUUGGUCAUUGAGUUACAUGACUUAAUGAGGUUGAAGAGAAAGGAGUCAGACCUGAGACAGAUCAUUGUGGAGGCUCAGGGAGCUCAGACCCGUCUGAAAUACUCUAAAGCUGAGUUGGAAAACCUUAGGAAGAAAGUCAUUGUUAAAUGCCAAGCGGAGAUUUCUCAAAUGAAAAGUGAAUUAGCAAACCUGAGCUGUCAGAUUCAGAUGCAGCAUGAGAGUGUGGAGGCCAAGAAUGAAGAGAUAAAAGCGAUUAGAGACCAGAUUGACCAGAUGGAGGACUUGGUUUUUUCAGACUUCUGUGCUGAUAUUGGCAUGGACAACAUCAGGGAGUAUGAGCAGGAGCACUUGAAACAGCAGGCAGAGCUUGAUAAUAAAAGGCUGGAGUUUGAGAUUCAGCACGGCCGCCUGACUGCACGGAUGGAAUAUGAACAACACCAAAUGGAGCAGCUGAGGAAGAAGCUCUGCAAAAUGGAGGAUACCAUCAAUGAGGAGGAAAGAACCAUGGCUGAGGAGAGAAAAGAUGAGAUGAGGCUGUUGGAGGUGGUGGAGGAGGGUCAGAAUAAGCUACUGGAGCUGAACAACCAGCUGCUCUCUAAGAAAAGCCAGGUGGCUGCUGUCAAAGCUGAGCUGGACCAGAAAAAUCAAAGCCUUCAGCAGAUUAACAAAGAGUUGGUGAAGCUUCAGCGAGAGGUGAUGUCUGCAGAGACUGCCUUGGAGCAGAAACGCUUGACUAGACAUAACAUGCUGCUGGCCUGUAAGAUCCAGGACCUGCCCAUCACUCUGCUGUCAGGGAGCCUGAAUGAAAUCAGUGAUGUGCAGCUGGAGACAGACUCUGAAAGCACUUCAGUCACUAUGGACGUCUAUGAGAGAGAGGCACAUCUAGUCAUUGACUACUCUGAACUAGAGGCAGAGCUCAGGGGUCUGCAGGCUGAAGAGGAGGUUGAGGCCUACCUGACGAGACUGAGUGAAACAGUGCUCUCCAUAGAGGGAGUGUUAAAUCGCACCGCCGCACCCAACCUGAAGGCUCUGCAGAAAAUGAGGGAGAUCAAGGACAAGUUACAGGGAAUGACAGAAGCCUUUGAUGCCAGCACUAAAGCAGCCAGGAAGUGUAGUCAGGAGUUUGAGCAAGUAAAAGCCCAGCGCUUCCAGCUCUUCAGCCAGUGCUUUGAGCAUGUGUCUGUUGUAAUUGACCAAAUCUAUAAAAGAAUAUGCAGGAACAGCAGUGCACAGGCCAUUCUGAGUGCAGAGAAUCCAGAUGAACCAUACUUGGGUGGCAUCAGCUACAACUGUGUGGCACCAGGGAAACGCUUCAUGUCCAUGGAGAAUCUGUCUGGUGGAGAAAAGGCAAUCGCUGCUCUAGCUUUCAUAUUUGCCAUUCACAGCUUCCGACCUGCACCUUUCUUCAUCUUGGAUGAGGUGGAUGCAGCCCUGGACAACUCUAACAUUGGCAAGGUGACCAGUUUCAUCAGAGAGGAGUCCAAGGACAACAUGCAGAUCAUCAUCAUCUCCCUGAAGCAGGAGUUUUUCUCCCGGGCAGACGCACUGCUGGGAGUCUAUUCAACUUUUGAUGAAUGCAUGUUCAGUCGCAUUCUGACCUUGGACCUGCGCCCCUACCCUCUGGUUGAAGAGGAACGGGACACAGACCAGGAGAGCACACCACAGGGUUCUUGUAGCCUGGAAUCACAUGCAUGAAGCCAAAGUUUGGGAUUCCCUUUUGUCGUUGUUAAUUGGCUUCGGUUCUUACUGUUGUUGUCUUUUGACCAAGUAGUUAUCUCAAAAGUCUCUCAAAGUUUUUACUGUUUGAUUGGAUUUGCGAGGCCUUAUUUGAGCAGAUUAUGUGUUUUUGCUUUUUCUUGUGUAGAAUUCAGGUAAAUUUCAUCAAUUACAAGACUGAGUGGUGACAAGGGAAGAAUAACCCCAAGUCUGGUCUAACAUAAAACAACCACAUAUUCAGGAGAACUCUGCUCAUCUGAAAUGUGGUUCCUGUUGAGCUGUUCAAAGUGGAUAAAUGUUGGUAUAUCAAGAACUUGUUUUACUUGAACUGUUUUGUAUUUAAGUUGUGCUUUUAGGCAUGACUUAUGUUCUGUUCAUUAAAUCUACAUAGCUGAAGAUACUGUGUGCACUAACAUUUUUUAAUAUUGAAACCUAAUAAAUACAUCCUGCAUUGUU